GUUAAAUAGGUCGUGUUUGUAAGACCCAACCGAUCCAUUAUUUAAAUGGAUUAUACGGGUUGACACGCAUAAUUCGUUUAAUUUAUAUGUCGUGUUCGUAUCGACACGAUUAAUAGAUGGAUUGUGUUUUUGUUUAUCGUAAUUGUAUCAACAUAGUGGAUCGUCACGAUACGAACACGAUCCGCCAACCCAAAUCCAUUUUAACACCCCUAAAGAUGCAUUGAUCAAAGGCAUAAAUGGAAGGCAAGACCACCUCUAGUAGCUAGUUAUAAUUAACUUGAGGUGCAUGUGAGUGAGGCAUCUUUUUUGCCUUUUACAGUCAAUAUCUUCAAAGCAAGUUUAUUGAAGCAUCAAUGGACCUACCUCGGUUGCUUUCCUGAGAGGGCAAAUCCCCAUUACAUAAAAGAAAAAAGAAAAAAGCCAGCAGAAAGGAGAACCAAAGAAAAUAAAAAAGGCUGAUUUAGAAAUUAAUAGAAGAAGAUUUGCAGCAAGUGAAAGUGAUGAUGAUGAUGAUGAUCGAUAGCAAAGAACAUCAUUCUAUGUAUCAAUCCAUUUCUCUACAGCCAACCUGGAAACUGUACGAGAAUCCUUUUUAUAAUUCACACCACACUCAGCUACAUCACCAAUACAUUCCCCAUUACCAAUCCGAUAAGCAAAUUCAUCAGCUAAACCUUCCUCUCUCUGCUCGAAAGAUCGCUGCUUCCUUCUGGGAUCUCACCUUUCUUAAACCCAUCAUGGAAACUGAGCUAGACUUUGCUCGAGCCCAGAUCGUUGAAUUGAAAGCUGAGCUUGAAUAUGAAAGAAAAGCUAGAAAGAAAGGGGAGACAAUGAACAAAAGAUUGGCCAAAGAACUUGCUGCUGAGAAAAGAGACAGAGAAGCACUUGAGAGAGUAUGUCAACAGCUUGCCAAAGAAGUUUCGUUAGAUAAAUCGGAGAUUGAUCGCAUGAGACGAGACAUAGAAGAGGAACGGAAGAUGUUAAGAAUGGCUGAAGUGUUCAGAGAAGAACGAGUUCAUAUGAAGCUUGCUGAAGCUAAGAUUCUGUUCGAAGAAAAGCUGCUACAGUUAGAGGGAAAUAAACAAACAGAACCUGAAGAAAAUUCAACAUUCAAGAUUGAUCAAGAACAAGAUAAGAAGAAGAAUCAAGAAGAUCAUAAGAAUACUGCUCCUGUAUUUGCAAUUGCUUCUAAAGCUGCUACUAAUUUGUCAGGAAAGUUUAACAGGCUAUUCUUGAGUGACACCGACAAAUCUUCAUGUAAUAAUGAUAAUGUUAGCAGUGUUUCAUCAAUGACGAUUCAGAGAAGAGUAUCACCAGAAGCAGAAAAUCCUCAUAUAAAGAGAGGAAUCAAAGGGUUUGUGGAGUUUCCUCGAGUUGUUCGAGCAAUCGGAUCAAAAAGCAGACAUUGGGGAACAAAACUUGAGUGUCAAAAGGCUCAGCUAAGGAUUCUGUUGAGACAAAAGAGCCCUAUCAGAUCCAACAAUCUCAUUAUAAGUUAAAACAAAACUAAUCAUUUAUACAUCAUUGCUUUUCAUUUCUGUGCUUGAUUAGAUAAGUUUGGUUUGAAGAAUUGUUUGAUUUUAGUCAUUGGAUGAUUGCGAGAUCCUGCAGACAUGUUUUGAGUUUGUAAUUGUUGGGUGUAAUAAAAUGUACAUCUUCAUCAAUACUCCAAUUAGUUUGGCUGAAGUGAAAUCAAGUAAAAUUUGAUUUA